AUGCCGAACAACCUUCUGCAAGACAACACGAAUAAUACCACCACCAACGGCUUAACGUUGAUGAAGCAGACGGGAGGAGGGGUUCCAUCGAGCGAGACUCCCCCUUCUGCUGCUUUUGAUACUAAUGUUGGAGCAACAUUGGAAAACAAAGAUUUGAAUUUUGAAAACAUGUGUCCUCCCGAUGCGACGGCGCCGAUGAUGCGUGUCGAGGAGGAGGAAGUGAUGAUGGUUCCGACGACGGGAGAAGAGAAUAAAAAAGAGCAGCUCGCUGAGAGAGAGGUGAAUGCGACGAAUGCUACGAAUAAUACUAAUAAUUUCAUGGACGAUUCGGACGACGAACUCACCGAGGAACAAAAAAGAGUCAUCGCCGAACGCAUCGCUGCGUUGCAAAACCGGUUUAAAAAAUUCGAAGAGAAGAGCACGGAGAACAAAAUCGAAGAGUUGGUGAUGCAACACGGACACUUGAAUUUGAACGAGAAAGAAGCGUUUAUGAUUUUAAAAGUGUGCGAGAUGAACGAACUGAACGCGGAGGAGAGAUUGAGACGCGUGGACGAUUUGUAUCAAGACGCGGGAGAAAGUACGGAGAUGUAUUUACUGCGUAUUUUGGAUACGGAAACUGGGCAGUUUUUGACGCAAAUACGAGAAAUGGUGAAGGAGGAAGAAUACGCGAAGCAGACGUUACAGAAGAAUAAGAAGAUGCGGACGAUUUCGGAACAACGCAUCGCGAGGAAGAUUAAACGGUUGUCGAAUAAGAAGUUGUUCGACGAGGACGGGAAUGAAAUCGUGGACUCGGAUUUGGAGGCGUGGGAGGAGUACGAUAACGAACAGUUUUUCGAAGAGUACGUGGAACUGCCGCCGAAGAAAGAGGAGAAAGUGGAUUUAGGGCCAAUGUUGGGCGAGGACGGGAAAGAAAUGGUCAUCGGGAAAGACGAGGCGUUGGACGGAGUGAAGUUUGUCCGACACGAGAGGAAAGCGCCGAACGGAGAGAACUUGGAGAAGGGCGCGCACACGACGGCGCGGUUAAAGUUGGACGACGCCGUGGCGAGAGCGAAUGCGGUCAUGGAAGCGCAAAUGAAAGCGAGAGAAGAGAAGAGGAAGGCGAAAGAGGCGAAGCGAUUGGCGAAAUUGGCGGAAGAGGAAGCGGCGAAGACCAAGGAAGAAUCAGUUAAAGCGGAGCAGAAGAAGGAGGACGUCGGGAUGGAAGAAACGUUCCUUGAGCCGGCGACUGCUGGCGAAGAAACGAAACCAGUCGAAGAGACCACCGAUGCUACAAAAGCUUUAUCUAGUGAAGCUAUGGACGCCACAGUGUCAGGUGACGAUACUGUUCCACCGCCACCGGUAUCAGCAGCAGUCGAUGCCGAUGCCAACUCGGACGAUGACUCGGACGACGACAUCGAAGCGCCGCUCGAAAUCGACGAGUCCGAGCUCUUUGCCGGAUGGUCCGAAGCCAGAAUCAAAGGAUGGAAGAAUCGCAUUAAGAAACCGAACGCGUACUACUACCGUUUCAACGCCCCGGGCGAACGCCAGGCGAACGGCGGCUGGACGCCGAAAGAGCACGAGCAAUUCAUGGACACGUUGGCGAAGCUUCCGGACGGCAAAGCCAACUACGAGUGGGGCACGUUCUCCAUCUCCAUCCCGGGGCGAGUGGGCUACCAGUGCUCCAACUAUUACCGCUCGUUGGUGAAAAACGGCGUCGUCCAAGACGAAAACUACAUGUUGGACGAUAAGGGUGAGUUGCGCUUCAACUUCAAAAACAAAGGAUUCGACCGAACUACGAUUGGUACUAAACCGGCAAAAGUCAAGCCGCCGCCGAAACCGAAGAAACCGAAAAUGCGUCCUCCUCCGAAAAUCAAAGCACCGAAAAUGAAAAAACCGAAGAAAGAACCAAAGAAAAAGAAGAAAGACCAAGGCGACGACGACACGAAAGGUGAUAAAACUUUCCGAUGCAGCGUCAAAACCGGUGAAAUUCGCCGAUCCAGUCGAAACUCUGGCAAAGAGAAGCGAAAAUACUCCGACGGCGGCGAGGGAGAAGACAACGAGGACGAAGACAACGAGGACGACGAAGACGGCGACGACGAAGGCCCGCCAGUCUUGCCGGCUGGAUUCUUGGACCCAAUCACGCGCAUGCAAAUCGAGGAACCGGCGGCAAUCUCGCCGUACGGUCACGUCGCUGGUUACGAAACCUGGUGCCGAAUCCUACGCAACCCAGAAGCGCCGGACACGUGCCCGUUCACCAAACAAAAUCUGAAACGUCGCCAACUCGUCAAGUUGACGCACGAGAACAUCGCGGAGUAUUUGGAUAAAAUGGUCGACGUGCAACAAAUGCACUGA